UAGAAAUGCUGCCUUGAAUUUGAGACAACUAGAAAAUAGACGACCCUUAAGCAAGUUCUUCUCCAGCAGUCUGCAACAAUGCGCGAAAAUGCUGUCAAUAAUGAAAUGAUUAAUAUUGGUCAAAGCAUUGGCGAAAACAUUGGUGUCCACAUCGAUACAUGGGAAGUGAUUAUAAGAAAAGGCGAUUCAAUAUUUGUUAGAGAAUUAAUGGAAAUUCUAUGGGGAAGAAAAUCUCUUAAACUUAAAUGUCUUGAUGAAAAAAGAGCAAAUAAAGGAAAGUUUAGAGACCGAACAGCUUUGGAACCGGAAAAAAAAGCUUUGAUCAAAGAUCUACUGUAUGAAAAAAUUACACAGGCCGAUGUAACGGGCUACGCACGGAAAAUGAGAAUGUCCAAAUUAUCAAGAUACAUGAGUCUUAAACUGUCCGACGUUCUCAACAAAAUUUAAGAUCAUGAAUUAAAUUCAUGAUUAAAUCAAUUAAAUUAAAUCAAUUAAAUUCAU